UGUAACUUAGGAUUUUAAAACAGAGAUAACAUCUAAGACAUGGGCCCCCCAGCCUUGUCUUAUACCGACUUUGUAAUAAUCGAGUCAUGGGAAUGGAAGUGUCAGUCGCGACCAAUAUUAAUACAAACUCUUUAGCUAAUGCGAUUCCAACUCAAUGGAAGAGAGCAGACAGCAGCAGCCGCACUUCGUGGUGGUUCACGGCGCGUGCCACGGCGCGUGGUGCUGGUACAAGGUGGCGACGAAGCUGAGAGCGGAGGGCCACCGCGUCACCGCCCUCGACAUGGCGGCCUCCGGAGCCGAUCCGAAGCGCGUGGAGGAGCUGAGCUCCGUCUCCGAAUACUGCCGCCCCCUCAUAGACUUCAUGGCGGCUCUCCCGCCGCAGGAGAGGGUGAUUCUGGUGGGCCACAGCAUGGGCGGCGUCUGCCUAUCCCUUGCCAUGGAAAACUUCCCUCACAAAAUAUCUGUUGCGGUUUUCGUCACCGCCAUGAUGCCUGGCCCCGACGUCUCUCUCUGGGCUCUCGUUGCCGAGUAUGGGAAGCAGAUGGAUUCUUAUAUAGACUCCCAAUUCUUCUUCAACAACGGCCACGACAAACCGCCGACGUCGAUGGUGUUUGGCCCCAAUUUCUUGGCCACACAGCUCUACCAGCACUCUCCCCCUGAGGAUUUAAGUCUUGCAACCUUGUUGAUGAGGCCGAUGGGACUCUUCGAUGAAUCGGGUUGGGUGAAAGCAACUCUGUCGAAACAGAACCACGGCUCGGUUCGUCGCGUGUUCGUGGUGUGUGAGCAAGAUCUUGUGCUAAAGAAGGGGUUCCAGGAGUGGAUGAUUGAGAACAAUCCAGUUGAUGAAGUGAAGAUAAUUUCUGGGGCAGAUCACAUGCCCAUGUUCUCCAAAACCCAUGAAUUAUGUGCCCAUCUGCAUGACAUAGCUCUCAAAUAUUGUUCUUGAUCACUAUAUAGUUGGAGUUGGUCUUGAGUUGUUAUGUGAUGAUCACAUUUUCAUAUUUUAUUUGCAGAUUUUCACUUACCAUGUUGAAACUCUGAUAUCUAAUAAUAAUAUAUCCUUACUUUUCAACUUUUCGUCUUAAAA